GAUUAGGCCUCCAUUUUUACCAGUACGUCCGCAGCAGCUGUCCACUGGCAUGCCAGAGGGAGAGUCACAGUGGUGAUACAGGGGUUCAGAAGUGGUCUGUGGCGUUUGAUCCAGGAAGGUUUACUCUCAUCGUCUCCGGCCUGUCCAGGACCUGCAGCCCCACCAUGGCGGAUCAGUACCAGUACAAUGCCAAAGAGGAGAAGAUUGUGAAGGACAGCCACACCAAGGAGAUAGAUCUAAUUAAUAGAGACCCCAAGCAGAUCAAUGAGGACGUGGUGAAGGUGGAGUUUGAGGAUGUCAUUGCAGAGCCCGACGGUACACACAGCCUGGAUGGGGUGUGGAAGCUCAGCUACACCACCUUCACUGUGUCCAAGUACUGGUGCUACCGCAUCCUGUCUGCUGUCUUCGGCAUCCCUGUUGCUCUACUCUGGGGCUUCCUGUUCGCAUGCAUCUCCUUCUGCCACAUCUGGGCUGUGGUUCCCUGCAUCAAGAGCUGUCUGAUUGAGUCACAGUGCGUCAGCCGCAUCUACUCUCUCUGCAUCCAGACCUUCUGUGAUCCCUUCUUCGAAGCCCUGGGCAAGAUCUUCAGCAGUGUGCGCGUUGCACUGCGCAAAGAAGUCUAAGAACUUACACAGUAGUGUUUGUAGUAUGAUCGGAUGAAGUGCGGUAUCUUUUUAUACACCAGAAGCUCAGUCUGGGCAUCUUGCUUACUCCAUAAUACUCCUCCUCCUCCCUUCAUAAGAUGCCGUUCCCAAACCCUCCCACCCUCAAGCUCUCAGCUCUCAGUCCUGAGUCCUGACAUACCCUGUUUGCUGUUUGCCACCAGAAGCUCUGUGACAGCUGCAGCAGACAGGAUGGUUCCAUGACAGUUCUGGCACUCCUGGAGGGCUCGGCGCUCCUCACUGAGGGAGAAGAGGGCCGCCUGCCAUGAGGAGGAUCUGUCUGCCCUCAUUUCUUUGUAUCCCAAAAAGCUCAGACAAUAACAUUCGCAACGAAUGAAACAAACUCCCCAAAACUGCUGCACCUCUGGACAAUGCCGCCUGUAUGCAUGACAUUUGGCCAUGCUUAAAAGUUAUAUUGAUGCUCUAUGUUGCUGUGUCUGGUAUUGUUUAACUUUAUAUUGAUUGAAUUGAAUUUGACAAUCUUAACCUUAUUAGAAAAGCUCUAACUAAAAGAAAGGAAUGGAAAGUUUUCUCUGCAUAAUCAUUUUGUCUGAUUUCUUUAUGUAUUCGAAAAAUGUAUUCUGGUAUGUUUCCCUCUAAAUUUGUGAUGACUCCACUGUAACUACCAGACGUUUUGGAACCAACCAUGCAGAUAAUCUACUUCCUUUUAUCAAAGCAUGAUGAGUAGAAUAUUAAGCCUACUUGUUUGCAUAUUUCAGUCAAGAAUGUGUAAACAAGUAUGGACCUAAUUACUGAUGGAGUAAAGUAAAAACAUCUUAGUGAGAUCCGUUUUAUUCUUCCACUGUGUUAUUUUGAUUAUGUAGGAAAGUCCAAUACCUUUGCUGCUAUUGUGCAUCUGCAGUGUAGAAAAUCAAAUUAUACAUGGGCUGAAAGUACACUUCACAAUAGAUGAAACUCUCCUAGUUCAGUGUUUUUUAUUUGAAAAUAUAGUAUGUGUAUUAUUUCAAAUCAUUCUGAGAGGAUCCAGAAAUACAUUUUUACGAUUCAUUAAAUAUCUUCACCAUGUUUCAGUAAUAUUUUUGAUAACUUCAGUCAGCCUGGAACGACAGGUUUGCUGUUGUGAAUCUUUCAUGUGCUUUUCUUUUGUGUCUGAGAUCCAUUAUUGUUGAUGAUUCAGUGUCACCACACCCGUCUUUGUUCCUUCCCUCAGUGUUUCUUUCUGGCCAAUUCGUUGUAGCUUUAUUAAAAUAUUCAGAUCAC